AUGGUGGAGGACGGAGGCUGCCCCGGGAAGGGAAGGCAAGCUUUGUUUUUCUGUUUCCUUCUCUCGCUCUGGCCCUCUCUCUCCAGUGAUGGAUGGGCAGAUCGGCAUGACGUGACAGACGGGUAUCAUAAAGAGGCUGCUGGUGGAAUCACCAUCAAGCUUCAGUCUGCCUACGUCAACUGGUUUGAUGACUACUACCUGAACCUGCGCCCGGACAUCAACCUACGCAACCCUUGGUUCCCCGAGUUCUGGCAGCACCGCUUCCAGUGCCGGCUCAAGGGUCACCCCCUGGAGAACAGCAAAUACAACCGCACCUGCACCGAGAAAGAGUCCCUCCGUCAGCAGUACACCCAGGACACCAAGAUGGGCUUUGUGAUCAACGCCAUCUACUCCAUGGCCUACGGCCUGCACACCAUGCAGGGGGCGCUGUGUCCCGGGGCCGUGGGCCUGUGCCCUGCCAUGCGGCCCAUCGAUGGCCGGAAGCUUCUGGACUUCCUCAUGAAGACCAACUUCACCGGGGUGUCUGGAGAGGUCAUCCUGUUUGAUGAGAGGGGAGACUCCCCUGGGAGGUAUGAGAUCAUGAACUUCAAGCAAAUGAGCGAUGACGAGUACGACUACAUCCACGUGGGCAGCUGGGACAACAGGGGCCUGAGGAUGGAUGACGAGGAGAUCUGGAUGAACCAGAGUGCCAUCAUCACAUCAGUCUGCAGCGAGCCCUGCGAGAAGGCCCAGAUCAAGGUGAUCCGUAAAGGUGAGGUGAGCUGCUGCUGGACGUGUACGCCCUGUAAAGACAACGAGUACGUGUUUGACGAGUACACCUGCCGUGCCUGUGAGCUCGGGGACUGGCCCACAGACGACCUGAAAGGUUGCGAGCCCAUUCCUGUGCACUAUCUCCUCUGGAGCGACCCUGAGCCCAUUGCCGCCGUGGUGUUUGCCUGCCUGGGCCUGCUGGCCACCACCUUCGUGACGUCUAUCUUCAUCCGCUUCCACGACACGCCGGUGGUGAAGUCGUCGAGCCGCGAGCUGUGCUUCAUCAUCCUGGCGGGCAUCUGCCUGGGCUACCUGUGCACCUUCUGCCUGAUAGCCAAGCCCCACGUGGCCUACUGCUACCUGCAGCGCCUGGUCAUCGGCCUCUCCCCCGCCAUGAGCUACUCGGCCCUGGUCACCAAGACCAACCGCAUCGCCCGCAUCCUGGCCGGCAGCAAGAAGAAGAUCUGCACCAAGAAGCCGCGCUUCAUGAGCGCCUGUGCCCAGCUGGUCAUCGCCUUCAUCCUCAUCUUCCUCCAGCUGGCCAUCAUCGUGGCGCUCUUCAUCGUGGAGCCCCCGCGGGUCAUCCACGACUACCCCAGCAUCCGCGAGGUGAACCUGAUCUGCAACACCUCCACCCUGGGGGUGGUGACGCCGCUGGGCUACAACGGGCUGCUCAUCCUCAGCUGCACCUUCUACGCCUUCAAGACGCGCAACGUGCCGGCCAACUUCAACGAGGCCAAGUACAUCGCCUUCACCAUGUACACCACCUGCAUCAUCUGGCUGGCCUUCGUGCCCAUCUACUUCGGCUCCAACUACAAGAUCAUCACCAUGUGCUUCUCCGUCUCGCUGAGCGCCACGGUGGCUCUGGGAUGCAUGUUCGCGCCCAAGGUCUACAUCAUGCUGGCCAAGCCCGAGAGGAACGUGCGCAGCGCCUUCACCACGUCCACCGUCGUGCGGAUGCACGUGGGAGACGGGAAGGCGGCCGCUAACGCGCGCGGCUCCAGCAGUUUGGCCAAUCUGUUCAGACGCCGCAAGUCAGAGAACGAAGUCAGUUCUAAUGGGAAGUCUGUGACUUGGGCUGCAAACGAGCGAGGCUUCCGCCCCAACCUAUGGAAGCGCAUCUCCAUCCACAUCAAGAAGAAGGAGGAGGUCAACCAGACUGCCAUCAUCAAACCCUUCUCCAAGGACUGCGAGAUGUCGGGCGACGGGAGCAUGAAGAUGGCAAACAAGGGACAGCAGGGGGCACAGUGCCACCCAGUGGGCACCUACCGCCCCCGCACCCCGUCUCCGAUCCCCACCGUCUCCCAGCGUGCCUCUCUGCGGUCUCGCGAGGACGAGGAGGCAGCCGCGGCGGAGGAGGUAGAGCGGCAAGACCGGGUGGUGCCGCUGCCCUCGUACCUGAACGAGCGCCAGCAGCAUCCUCAGGCGCACCAUCAGCAUCAGCAUCAGCUGCAGCAGCAUCACCCUCAGCAUCCUCAGCAUCAGCAGCGGGUCGGCCCUCCGCCGCAGGGCUCCAUCAUGGACCAGAUCAGCUGCGUGGUGCACCGCUUCACGGCCAACAUCAGCGAGCUCAACAGCAUGAUGCUGCCCGGCAGCACCCCGUCGCCUGGCAACACCGCUGGCGUCCUGAGCGGCAUGCCCUCCUCGCCGUCGCCCUCCUUCCUCAUCCAGCACGAAAUGCAGCUGCCCGCCACCGUCACCACCUACGCGGAGGUCGUCGCCGUCAGCAAUGUCAACCCUCACGCCCUCGGCUGCGCAUUGGCCCCCGGGGGGGGCAGGUUGUCUCCUGCAAGGCUGAUGGGGGGCAGCAGCACCUUCAAGUCCCCCCCUGCGGUGAAGCCCCCCCCUGCGGUGAAGCCCCCGGAGCUGGAGGAGCUGGUGGCCCUCCAGCCCCCGUCCCCCUUCAGAGACUCGUCCCUGGGCUCGGGGUCCUCCACCUCCCUCGCCUCCCAGGCGGUCGUGGGCGAGCAACCUUCUCCGAACUACGACCGCCUAAUGCUGCGACACUACAGCCAGAGUUCCUCUUCGCUCUAAAGGGAACCUGAGACACAGUCUAUGAGAUAUGAUACAGACAAUGAGACGAGGAUGAGAUGUAUUAGAGACAAAGCGGCAGGGGAUUGGGGUGUGGGUGGGGUGGGGUUGGGGGUGGGGAUAUUUUGACUCUGGAAUAGAACUGGCCCUGAUCUGGCCCAGAUGUGCCUGCUGUCAGACUACAUUUCCCAGCAUUCAGCUCAGACUCUGCUGUAGCUGACUACUGCAGACACCACACACAGAUAAGCAGGGUGAGAGAGAAAUGUGUGAUGAGUGAUGAUGAGGAGGUGGUGAGUAUG